AUUGUGUUGCCGGGUAUCGCUCUAUCACGUUGUUUGGUGUGUUUCUAACGAAGAGAUGAGCAAGUUUUUCAGUUGUGAGAGGUUUUUGUGAUUUUUAAGGUUUUGCCAAAUGUGAUGCGAUAAAUGGUAGAAAAAUUCGAAGUCAUGGAUACCGUCACCAAAUUUUCCAAGCAGGGAUCGCUCACCAUCUCGAAAAGUUUGGCCAUUCUGAUACCAGUAGUUUUUGUGACGUGUUUGGUGGCAACGGGACUGUUAGUGUACACUUUAUCAUCAUGUGAAAAUUAUUUGCAGAAAGAAGAAUCAAAAUUAAUGGUGUUCGAUCAAAAUUUUGGAAAUAAAAAUGUAGAAAGCACAACUCAAGAAUCCACAACGCUUUUUACAACAUAUCUUACGUUUCCAACAACUACGACACAAAAAGCUGUAGCUGAGCAUUUAAACUUACGACUUCCGAAGUCCAUUGUACCAAAUUUCUAUAAGUUGGACCUUGUUCCUUACCUCGAGGAAGGCAAUUUUACCUUUAAUGGUGACAUUUUAAUCGAAAUAAACGUGACAAAAACAUGCAACAACAUAACAUUACACUCAAUCGACUUGAACAUACUUUCGGUCGAUGUUUUUGAUCACGAAAAUAACAGCGUCGGUAUUAGAAGCAUAGAGGAAGAUAAAAAGGUGCAAUUCCUGGUAAUUUCUUUAGCUGAAAACAUAAUAUCCGGACGGCAAUAUUACAUCCGUAUCAUUUUUGAUGGGCUCUUAAACGAUAUGAUGCGCGGUUUUUAUAGGAGCUUCUACGUAGAAAAUAACCGGAAAAGGUGGAUCGCAUCUACCCAAUUUCAGCCCACCGAUGCGAGAAGAGCUUUUCCUUGUUUUGAUGAGCCGGCUUUGAAGGCAAAGUUUCAAAUUAAUAUCGCGAGACUGAAAAACAUGACCUCCGUUUCCAAUAUGAGACUAAUCCAAGUUACAAAAGAAGUUGAAAAUCUCCCUGAUUACGAAUGGGACCAUUAUGAGGAAUCAUUACCAAUGUCGACAUACUUAGUGGCUUUUAUGGUAACAGACUUUAAAAGUAUAAGCAAUGGUACUUUCUCGAUAUGGGCAAGAGCUGGGGCCAUUUCCCAAGCUAAAUACAGCUUAAGUAUUGGUCCGCAAAUACUAAAGUUUUACGAAGACUUUUUUGGUACCAAAUUUGUUUUGCCCAAACUUGAUAUGGCUGCCAUUCCAGAUUUUGCGGCCGGUGCAAUGGAAAAUUGGGGACUAAUUACAUACAGGGAAGCUGUUUUGCUAUACGAAGAAGGGGUUUCAACAAGGUACAGUCAACAAAGAAUAGGUAUUAUAGUAGCUCAUGAAAUUGCACACCAAUGGUUUGGUAACCUGGUAACGCCUAUAUGGUGGACUGACUUGUGGUUAAACGAAGGUUUUGCUACAUUUGCUGAAUAUCUAGGAGCUGAUGCUGUACAACCUGAAUGGAGGAAUGAAGACCUAUUCGUUGUUUCCGAACUUCAGGCAUCUCUUAUUCUGGACGCUUUAAAAUCAUCUCAUCCAAUAUCGAUAGAAAUCACAAAUCCUAAUGAAGUAAACGAAAUUUUUGAUGCUAUUUCUUAUUCCAAAGGCGCUGCAAUUAUAAGAAUGAUGCAGAGGUUUUUGACUGAGGAGGUGUUUCAUAGAGGCUUAAACAAAUACUUAAUUAGUAAAUCUUUCAAAGCAGCAGAACAAGAUGAUCUCUGGGAAACUUUGACGAAGCAAGGCCAUGAAGAAAAUGCGCUUGAUAAAAAUAUAACUGUAAAGGAAAUUAUGGAUACGUGGACGCUACAAACCGGAUAUCCUAUGGUGUUCGUAAACAGGAGCUACGAAGGAAAUAGUGUAACAUUUAAACAGCAACGCUUUUUCUUGGAUAAUAACACCAAAGAUGAUGUUUUAUGGUGGGUUCCCAUAACAUACACUGAUAAAACUGGAAUACUAAAAAAAACUUGGAUCGAAAAACAACCUGAAAGAUUCGUAGAUAACAUCGAAACAACUACCGACGACUGGUUACUCGUAAACGUUAACCAAACAGGUUUUUACAGGGUUAACUACGAUGAACACAAUUGGAAACUGAUCAUUGAUCAGUUGAGGAAACCAAAUGGGCAUUUGGUGUUUGAUUCGAAAAAUAGAGCUCAAAUAAUAGAUGAUUUACUUAAUCUAGCUUUCUCUGGAUAUGUAAGCUACGAUGUAGCUUUAAAUGCUACGUUAUAUUUGCCGCAGGAAAAGGAUUACAUUCCUUGGAAAGCUGCUCGGAAGAAUCUACAGUUUUUGCAUUCUAGGUUCGAAAGAUCGGCACAUUUUGCUAAAUACAAGAGUUAUAUGCUACAAUUAAUCGAACAUUUCUACCGAGAAGUUGGCUUUAAAGAACAAAAAGAUCCUUUGGUGAUGAUGACUCAACUGGAACUUGUUGAUUUGGCUUGUUUAUUAGGUCUACGAGACUGUAUUAUACAAGCAGUUCAAAUGUUCCAAAACUGGAAGAACUCUGCUAAUCCAGAUAAUGAAAAUGACAUACCAAUAGACUUACGCUUGAUUGUAUACUGCACUGCAAUAGCCGAUGGGGGACAAGAAGAGUGGGACUUUACGUGGCAAAGAUAUUUAAAAACAAACGUUGGAAACGAAAAAGAAAUUCUUCUAAGAGCUCUCGGUUGCACCAAGGAAGUCUGGCUACUAAAUCGUUAUCUGGAAUGGGGCAUCACGGAAAAUAGUGGCAUUAGAAAACAUGACACUUCAUUGGUGUUUGCUACCGUUGCUAUGAAUCCCAUUGGUUCAGAUUUGGCAUAUAGAUUUUUUAAGACUAACUGGGAUAGUAUCAGAAAUUAUUUUGGACACUCAUCGAUGUUUCUUAGUAGCAUAGUCGCCACAUCUGUAUCUCACUUUAACACUCAAAUGGAAGUUGAUGAUUUUAAGGCUUUCUUUAAACUAAAAUACGAAGAGUUUGGCAUUGCGAAUAGAACGGCCCAUCAAGCCAUCGAAGAAGUGGAGGCUAAUGUAAAAUGGAUGGACAAAUAUUUUAAAAUAGUUUUGAACUGGUUCGACAAAACCGCAUUGUAUUGAAAGUCUGAUUCCAAAUGUAGAUACUUAAUAUUUAUUUUUAAAAUUCCUAAUUUUACUUCUACUAGAAUAUAAAUAAGACUUAAUGUACCUAAUUUAUUUAAAUUUAAGAUAUGUAAUCCUAUAAGUAUAAGAUAUUCGUUAGACCAUGUGUUUUUUACCUAAACCUCAAUUAAACCUUUAAUUAAAAGCUAUAUCAAUAUUUAAGUAUUAUAUAUUAUAUAUGGGUCGUUUUAAAAAAACACCCGCCUUCCGCUGUCCGUAAGUUUGAAUUCCAAUAACUUUGUUAAAAAUUAUCGGAUCUUAUUGAUUUAACAACCAAGUAAAAGCCUAACAAACCCUUAGUAAACUCAUUCAGAAAAUGUUUGUUAAGUUAUUUCAGAAUAAUUUUUUGUUUAAUUUUGAAACUUGUGAAACACACAUUUUCGCAUGUCCCAUUAGCGUUUUAUAAAACUUACAUACAUUUUUUUUUUAAAUAUUGAAUAACCAGAACUUUCUGUUGCUUUAUAGUAAUCCAUUACAUCCUUAGUUAAUACAGUAAACAAUUUAUAUAUAAAAUAAUUAAUUUUAAUCUACUUUUUUUAAAUUUGACUCAUGUCCCAGACAUUUAUUCCGUCGCGUUACCGAUAGAAUAUUAAAAAAACAUAUAUGGCAACUUUUUUGGCACUCAAGUGAUCAACAAAUGAUGUUUUCGGGCGUACACAUUACCCAGCUGAAUUUAUUUAUUCAAUUAGGAAGAAGAUAUCGGUUGAAACAGGUGCGGGUAACGCGAAUGUAAUAAUUGUUUGUCCGCUAAGUUACUCAAAAAAAUAAUAAAAAUAAGGUAAGAAAAAAUACUAUUUUUCAUGUUUAUGAUUAUUUUAGGACACUAAAGCUCAUUGAGAGUAAUUAUUGACUGAAAUGUCUUAUUAUUAUUUUUUAAAUAUGGUUUCACAAAACUUUUUCCACUGCGUUACUGAGUCCAUUAUGUUACCAUUCUUUACUCAAUGAUGUUACCUUAUGGUAACGCAAUGGAAUUUAGGGUAACGCAAUAGAAUUUUUCGACAACAAAGUGGAUAUUUACCGUCACUUUUAUUAAAAGUAUUUAAUGAUAAACCAAUUUAAAAUUAUUUGUAAUUACAACUCUUGAUAUAAAUUACAUCCAAGGGAAAAUUCCACGAUUUUUAUACAUUAUCACUUGGUAAUACGUGUUUAUAAAUUAGAGUUUAACUCACUAAUAGAGUGACUAAAAACAAUGGUAUUGUUUUUUUAACAAAGAAUCGGAAUGGUUUCUUUUAAAAAGUAACUUAACGAACAUACAUAUUUAAAAAAAGCAUACAAUUUUUAAUAAAAAAUAAAAUAAAAAAUUGGAGUCAAAAGUUUGUGAACUUAUUUCAAAUUAUUUUUAUAACAACUUUUUUUAUUGAAUUAAAUUUUGGAUUUCAAAUUGGUAACAUAGUGGAGAUAUAUAAAGCUAGCUAAACACAUUUUUCUGGUAAAAUCGUAAAAAAAAUUAAAUAGUGCACUGCCUGUCUUAAAUGUUAUUAAACAAAACUCCAAACAUUUAUAAAAAUCCAACCAAGUCAAUUUAAGCAAAAAAAAAUUUAGAUCCUCAUUUUCCUGAAAGCCGGUGUUUCUUGAAAAUGACCCAUAUAUUGUAUAUUUUUACUUUAGUCUGCAAAUAUUUUAAAAUGUAUGUAAUAAAUCAUACUAAAAGUAAAAAAACUAAAAUAUUUUUAAAAAUAAUGUUUUUACAAAUAUCACUGUUAAAAUGGAUAAUAACAACAAUAAUAAAUAUUCAUGGUUAAAUAAUUUUAAAACUUAAAAACUAAAACUAUAACAGAUAUAAUUAAUAAAUUCCAAGAAACCAAAAUUUUGUUGGAAGCAUCAGUUGUCGAUGGAAAAAUUUCCAAUAGUUGUCCCAAAUGUUCAUUAGUCCAUUUCACAUUUGCAUUUGCUAUUUCCAAAGCUUGCUUACUUACCACUUUAAUCUCAUCAACUUUUAUGUUGUCGUUUAUUAUUUUUGCG